AUGCUGUUCUCUCCCUGCAUGCUGGCAUGCUCACGCACUUGCUCCCGCAUCCUAGGGCUGAGCCUUGGGAUUGCAGCCCUGUUUGCUGCUGUGGCCAACAUGGCACUCCUCUUUCCUAAUUGGGAUGUGACCUUCCUGUUGAGGGGCCUCAUUGGCAAGCAUGCCAUGCUGGGCUCUGGGCUCUGGGCAGGAGGACUCAUGGUACUCUCUGCAGCUAUCCUCAUCUCCUUGGCGGGCUGGAGAUGUGGCUGCUUCAGUAAGAGUGGUCUCUGUCAGAGUGUGUUUACUGCUCUAUUGUCAAGUGGCCUGGCAUUGCUUGGAGCCCUGAUUUGCUUUAUCACUUCUGGUGUAGCUCUGAAAGAUGGUCCUUUUUGCAUGUUCAAUGCCUCAACCUUAAAUCAGACACAAACUUGGAAAUAUGGUUACCCAUUCAAAGACCUGCACAACAGGAAUUAUCUGUAUGACCAUUCGCUCUGGAACUCCGUCUGCCUGGAGCCCUCUAAAGCUGUUGUUUGGCACGUGUCUUUCUUCUCUGUCCUUCUGUGCAUCAGCCUCCUUCAGCUUCUCCUGGUGGUCAUUCAUUUCAUCAACAGCUUCCUGGGCCUCUUCUGCAGCCUCUGUGAGAAGUGA